UAUUUUCCUCAUUAAGUUAAUAAAUCUAAAGUGCAUGGCUCGAGCAAUUCAACCUGGGCAACAAAAGAUCGCCGAAAAAUUAAUUAUUCUAAAUAAUAGAGGAAAUGGGCUAUUAACACGAUUGUACAAUAUUAAGAAGACAUGUAAUGAUCCAAAAAGUAAGCCUCCCUAUUUGACUGAUAAAUCAUUGGAGCCAUGUCUCAAACUUAUAUCUAAAAAGUUUCCAGCUAUAGAUGUUAAAGGAAAUAUGAAUACUUUUGCCCCCUUGAUUGCUGUAAAGAAUGAGGUUCUCAGGAAUCUUGACCAAUAUUAUUACACAUUUGUUGAUUAUUUAGAAUUCAAGGACCAUGUGACAGAACUCCUAACUAAUAUUGAUGCGCUUCAAAUAAAUUUUGACAUAACAACUUGUUACGAUUUAACCGUGGCGUACCUCGAUCUUACGACCUUGUACAUUUCACUGACCUAUCUCCUUUUCUCGAUACCCGACAGGCACCGAAUAGUUGGACUAUAUCACUCGGCCCGUUCGGCCCCGCUGGACCCAACCUUUCACAGGCUCGGUCACGCCUUGCAAAGACUAACGGAAGGGGGAAGCGCCACUCAAGGAAGUGGAUCUUCGGAAUCCGCUUCAGCUCCGCUUCCCGCCCUUCGCGAUCAAUUGAGACCUCACGCGAGGCGAUUGCUUUCCGCUUGUUUUCGCAGCGGUCUAGCGGAACUCUUUACUCGCCGUAACCUAACGGCUAACGAAUGGCGUAACGCGGGUAUGUUGGGAGUCACUAAUAUGGGCACCAGUUAUGCCCCGGCCCAGACUGACACGAUGCACUGCGAAUACCUAUCCCUCGAAAAGAUGGAACGGUGGAUAGUGCUUAUAGGAUUGGUGUGCCACCCUACUCUCGUAACUUUUUCUAAUUUCUCCGGGGAAACCGGUGCCGAUUCCAGCGUCGGUAGCAACGCGAACGGGAUGGCAUCGUUGUUGGCGGGGAAGGAAGGCGAAACCAAUUCGAACCCUAGCUUCAACGACGCUUGGGAGGUGUGGAAGGCGGCCCUCAGAAAUAACGUCGUCGUGACCAUCUUCAGGGACGAAUCGAUCAAUAUAUACGCCGCGGUUUUGAAUUACUUCGAGACCAUUAAAGGAUACGCUAAACGGAUAGCGGAAAUUAAGGAAUGCUACAUAGUAACCAUACAAGAAACCGUCAAAAUUAGGAGAGAACGGAGGAAAUAUCUUAGGGUCGCAUUGAAGGAACUCAUAUCGGUAUUCAACGAUCAGCAUGGCCUGUUAGGACCUAAAGCUCUGUACGUUUACAUGGCUCUGUCGUUCACCAGGGACGAGCUGCGUUAUUUGGUGAGGCACCAAGACUUCGCGGGGAAAUUCUUCAACUCCUCUCAAAGUUAUAACGUGGGCCACUGCUCCAAUAUCGCCCUCUUUUGCUCUUCCAACGUUCACCACGGUUGCAGCGGCAACUCCAAUUCGACCAAUUCCUCUCUCAAUAACCUCAACAAAAGGCUCUGCAAGGAAGAAUUCGAGGAUAGGACAGUGCCGGAACUGCUAUUUUAUAUGGAAGAAUUGAAAGGACUCGUCAUCAAAUAUCGGUUAGUUCUGCGAAGGUAUUACAUCCAGUACUUGUCGGGCUACGACGCCAUCGAAUUCAAGCACCUAACCCAGAACCUCUCCUUCUGUCAAGAAGAGGAGUCGCUCAUAUUGACCAGUUUUCACGACACGCUGCUCAAUUUAAACGCCGACCAAACCCUUCAAUCUGCCUCGCCGGAUAGCGAAGACCUCACGCAAACCGGGUCUCAACAGAGUGGCGCGGAACUUUUGGACAAAGCGGGAAUCACGGAUGGGUGCUACCCUCAGCUCAGGGCACUCAGAUUGGAUUGGAUGAGACUGCAAGCGUACGGCGGAAUGGUAAACAAGGUCUCCUCCUUCACCCUCGCGGAUCACCCGUCACUCGCCAAGCACCUAAACACCAUAACGUUUCAUUCCAAGCUGGUAGACGAUUUGUUCGAUUUUCACGCCUUCUACCAUUCCAACACUUGUCCUUCGAAAGCGGCUUCCAAUAGCUCAAACAACACGGUCAACGGACCAUCUGGCGGUAGUAAUGGCCGCCCCAGCAACUUUAAGAAUUUUGAGAUGCCUUUACUGUUGCAAUGCUCUGAAAUGUCGUUGUUUUGUUUUUAUCCAGGAGUCUUGGAAGACUACUUCAAAUCGGGGUUAGAAUUUCCGCCCCAAAUGAGGUUCAUAAUCGCUUUCCCUCGCAUAUGCUCGCACUUCAUUUACGCUUGCCACGACAUGUGCCCUGAAGAGAAACCCUUGAUAGGCGAUCGAAGUCUAAUGAUGGCCAAUAGCUUUUUGGAGGACAUAGCCAAGGAAAUUAGGACCAUAGUGGCCUACGUUUGCGAAGAUUACUGCCUAAUGAACGAUCAAACGCUUCCCAAACACGCCAUACACCUUUACAACUCUGCCCUAAACGUCAAAAGAGGAAACCCGUCUGUCAAUUCGUCUACCCAUGGCCGCAAGAACAAAAGUAAGAGCACGAAAUCGACGAACGAAGGCGCGAUAGAUGGCGCUAACAACGUAAACGCCAACGUUUUGGGCGAAGCCAACAAUGGCUUAAAUAUGCCGGGCUUCGAAAGUUAUCGGAGAUAUAGGGAGGAGUUGAACGUGUUGGACAUACAAUACACUGCCCUUACGGAACUGUGCACCACCAUCAACCAUUACGGUACCCUUAAGAUAUGCAAUCACGCGUUUACUCCCAGGGAAUACGUUACGCAACAGCUGGAGUUGUAUUUUAACAAGUCCAUCGUAGCCAUGGCAAUGUACAACGUGGAAUCCAACACCGAUGUCGCAAGACCGAGCGAAGUCUUGGUUAGAGUUAGAACCUGCAUUUCCCUUUUAUUCCAUACCAUAGAAAAUUUUGUGAAUAUGGAUAUGGCCAAAUUAGUGAAAAUUAUUCUUUUGCAGCAAACCCAACCGGUGGACAAUCAGGGAGAUAAAACGAUUACUUCCAUUUAUACUAUGUGGUAUUUGGAAGUAUUUCUCAAGAAAAUGACAGUUGCUCCUUUCUUUUAUUCCGAUUUUUACAAAUGCACUCUUGCCAAUAAGAGUUCCAAGAAAUGCAACGAAAAUAUCCAUUUUUCCACCGACGAAUACAUCGAUAUUAGAGAACUGAGAUGUUUAGCCGAACUCCUGACCCCUUACGGUAUGAAACAUUUGAGCGAACAGCUGAUGAGACACGUGGCUAAUCAAACCAUGGAACUCAGGAAAAUCGUGUUGGCCAAUAAGGACAGGUUGGUGACUCUCAGGACCAAUUUCGAUGACAAGGCCAAACUUAAAGAUUUCAACAAAAAGAUGAAUAGCACGUUUGAUCAUGUGUUGCAAAGACUCAUCGUGAUUGGUUGUUUGGUAAAUUUCAACGGGUUGUGCAUGGAAGCCCUAAACGACGUUCUACGUAAAAGAACCCCCUUCCUCUUAUCCUCCAUAUCCGAUUUCCAGAAUAUCAUCAACUCAAACGCCGACUCUAACGUCGUUAAUGAGAUGUCAAUCGUAGCCGGCAUUCAACAUUCUGUCAAUCCUUACCUGAUGUUCGCCUUCAAACAGAAUUUGGAUUACAAAUCUGACGAAGAAUACGAAAAUUCUUGUUUACUCAUGGUCCUGCUUUCCUUGUGCAUCCCCAAACUGCUCUCUAAAUGCGAUCAGCUGAAUAGCCUGGACAUUUCUCACCUGACGACCAACUCGUCCGGUGUCACCAGUUUUAACCACCCUCCAGGACAAACCGGGUCAGGCGGCGAAAGCCAAGCCACCUCCGCCAAUAUGUUUAGACCAUUUUCUGACGGCAUGGCGAAUAAUUCGCACACCAUAGCCAAGGGACUUAAUACGCUCUUUUCAACGCUCUUCCAUAUUCACGCGAAAAAUGAUAACAAAGACAGGAUGAAAGAGUUUUUGGCGUUGACAUCUUAUUGCUUGUUGAAAGCCUGCCAAGAAACCGAAAAGGAAAAUAUUCAUAUGUACCGGGAUUCCAUGUGCCUCCUCUUGGAAAAGAUCGUUUUCGAAUGUCCCGACUUGUCGCACGACUUACUAGACGCCUGUUUUCCUUACGCUCUCAUACGAAACGCUAGCAAAAAUAUUUAUAAAUCGUACAAAUUAUGAAGAAGAAAACAAAACGAAGAUUUAAACCUCAUUAAUAAUAUAUUAAUCUAUUUUUUUUCGCGCUUUUACUUAAAAAUAACUGCCUUAAAGAUGCUUAGCUGUUCGCGAACCACGGGAAAAAUUAGGGAUGCGCCCCGAUUUCAGAAUUUGAUAUGAUAUUUCUCAUCGAUAACCUAUUAUUUAUGCCACAUCACAGACAACUUUUAAAAAAAACUUAAAUUAUUGCCCCUUUAUCAACUAUACUUUUUGAUUGGCCCUCUCAUAUUGAUGCGCGCAACUGUCCAUUAAACGACUAAGAAAUCGGGGCGAUACUUUCUAGGAAUUGGCUAUCGAUCCAAUUCCUAUUCCAAAAAAUCCUGCAUUACCAUAUUUUUUUUUUUCAAAGUUACUCUCAAAAUUUAAACGUGCAUGUUAUUUCUCUUAUUUUAUUUUUAAGCUUAUCUUAUUUAUUUUUUAAAAAAUGAAUUAAUAUAUUAAAUUCCUAAUAUUCUUUCGUGUAAUGAAUGUCACGCCCCCAAAGUAUUUAUUUAUUUUUAUACAUUAAAAUGUCGCGAAUUGAGAUAAACCAACGCAUUUAAAAAUAAUUCGUAUUACUUUUUUUUAAAGACAUUUAAUGCAUUACUUGUAUAUUGCAUGUGAUCAUCAAAUCUA